AUGUCCGUGACGAAGAACAGCCGCAUCGAGUUCCUCGUCCGCACCCCCGGCAAGAAGAAGCUACGCGAGCUCCGCCUCUUCUACCCAUCCAACUUUCCCGCAGACAACCUUCAGGCGCGCUUCAACGCGCUCCUCAAAGCCGCCAAGUCCGGCGCCAUCAAGCAAGGCGUCAUCGCCACCGGCCUUCUCCCGUUCGUCCUCGCCUUUGACGUCCUCACCUUCGUCACAGGACCGUUCGAGAUCAACGCAGUCUGGGCCGCCUCGUCGUGGACGGGCGCCGCGCGCGCGACGGCCAUCACCAACGGCGUCACCUCCUCCACCAUCGCGCUCGCCUUCGUCCCCGACGCCCGCCUCGACCCCUUGUCCUACCGCCUAGACGAGGUCUGCUGGAACCGCGCGCCGCGCGGGCUCGUGCCUGCCCCGCGGCACAGGGCCGCGGCUGACACUGCGAAGAGCGAUCUCAAGGUCGAUGCCGACAGCAAGCGCGCUGGCGAGCCAGGGCCAGGACCGUCGACGCCCCCCGCCGCCAUCGCACCCCCCGUCGUGAUCGUGGCGAAGCGCGGCGGUGAGCUGGCGGCGCUGGUGCUGGAGGUGCUAAAGGAGCAGCUGGGCGGGGACCUGAGCGGCGUGGAGACCGACCGGCGGCUCGUGGCCAAAGACCUGGAGAAGAUGCUGGACAAGGGCGCGAAAGAGUGGGUCGCGGCGCUCAAGGCGUCGUGA